AUGGGUGAUGCCGACAAAGCACAACGAAAUGCAGUGGAUGCAGUUCUUGGAGUGGACAACGAGCUGGUCAACUUGAUGUGCUACUACCAUGGUGCUGCUAAGAUCUACAAACACACUCGAGGUAUCUCAAUCGGUCUGGCUGCUCGGGUCUUUCGCGAUAUUGCCGACAUGCACUACGCUACAUCUGCUGACGAACUCUCCCAUAUUCAGAAGCGCUGCUUGGAGGAGUGGCAGACACUACAGCAGCUCUGCGCAUUCGCUAGCUACUUUUCCGCAACGUGGUUGAACUCUCCUUUCCAUCGCUGGCAAGCUUUCUUCACACCCAAAGGAUUCGCCGCGACUAACAAUCCAGUCGAACAGUUCAAUCGCGCUAUUAAACGCGACUACACUCUCCGCGCCCGCCUGAAAAUGGGCACGCUUAUCGACCAGCUUUUGCUCUGCGUACGAUCCGAUGGAAUCCGUAGCCGCCCGUUCGCCACUGCUGUUCAACCACGUGCAGAUGUGCUCCGUCGAGUGCGUGAGAUGCGGAAAGCAGGCUCGAUACGCGAGGUGUCACCAGAGAAGCACUCCAUCGGGUUCCUUACGGGGGCAAUGACGCCGGCUACCAAUACCAAUGUCGUCCACAUCGUGUCCGACCGAAUGGAACGUGUGUACGACCCACAGGACAGGCGCACCAAAGAGACACUUCCAGUGACCGCAUGCGUAUCGACGCAAAAGGCGCGCAUGGAGACUGCAGGGAUGCCAGGUAGCGGGUGGGAAGUCAAUGUCGACUUGAAGAUAUGCGGCUGCCGCAUAUUCUUCAAGUCGGGCUACUGUAUCCAUCUUAUUUACGCGCUCUCGGUACGGAACCGCCUGGACAUCUUUUGCCGGACUCGACUCUUGUACAGGGGCCGCAACAAAGCGCGCCGUGCGCAAACUGAGCAGCAAAACGCUGGAAGACCUGCAAACAAUGGCAGAGCACUGCAGUUAGAUUAG